AUGGAGCCGGACGCCUUCCCCGCGGUACUCAAAGGUUCCAAACAGAGAGUACCGCCUCCUGUCCCUCCUAGGGGUUCUCCUAAAGGGAAACGUGGCGGUCAUCAGCCGACGUUUGAUGCCAAAGGUGACUUUUUUGACGACGAUCUUUAUAGGCAUGAUUUUAAUGAUAUUGCAUGCCACGCUUUAGACCUUAAAUUAGAUUUAAAGGCUGUAAAGCCUCCAAAUUUGUUUGCCCAAUCGAAUAUGAUGGCUAAAUUCGACAUGAAAGACGCUAUGGAAAACUUGGAUGGUGAAUUUGAUGACAAAUCCUUUACCGAUUCGAGUGAAGACGAGAUUAUUAUAGAGGAAAUCAAAGAUAUUAAAUACAAGACAGUAAAAGAUACAACGGCAAAGAAAAGCCGUUAUCCGUUUCUUAUGAAAUUCGGAAAGAAGACGCCGACUCCAGUUAAAAUUGUCCAAGUUGAAGAGUAUAUGUCUGAAUCUGAAGACGAAAGGACAGUAAAACAACCAGAAAUACCCACCAAUAAGCCAGAGACGCCUGAAAAGGUGUACGAGAGAGAAGUACACGAGCCAGUUGAUAUAAUUAAAAAGAGAGAAGUUAGAAAAGAUAAAGAAAUAGAACAGCCUAGAAUAAUGCAGAGUAUGUCCGAUGUUGAUGUUAUUGAUCCGCCACAAGAAAGAGAGGGAGUUAAGGUAGAAAAAAACCAGUUGAAUGAUGAAAAACCCGAAAUAACAAAAAAAAUAAUUUCGGGGAUAUCAAAGAAAUUCACAUUCACGCAGUCCAAGAAAGAAAGGAAGAUUAAACCAAAAAUUGAAAUAAAGACCUACACAGAAGAACACGGACAGAGGUCACAUGAAGAAACGAUAUGCCACGAGAAAGCCAAGACCCAAAUUGAUAUGUUUCAGAACAUUUUAAAGUCUGAAACCAGUUCAAUAGCUUCAAGGGUGGAGAAACCAAAAAAACGACCAGCACCCAAGCCGCCAAUCCAGCUCCAAGUACCGAAUGUUACAGAUAAAAUCCGAAAGUUUUCCGUCACAGUGGUCCCGGAAAGCCGUCCCAGACAUUUUGGCGAAAUCAAAAAGACCAGUUUGAGAAGAUCUAACCGAAGAAUACUUCGUAUGAGGAAAGAGUUUGAGAUAGCUUUGUAAUUGGCCUAAUAAAUCUUUUUUGUCUGUUUUUAUUUUAUUACUAAGCAUGUCCCUUGGUUAUUGUUUAGAUUUUUUAUAUUAAACUAGCCAAACGCCAUUCAAAGCACCUCUGAGAGUGGGCUGUAAAUUUACUCCUAGUUUUUUUGUUUUUAUCCAACAUUGACAAAACUUUCCUCAUAGGCAAAGCACAACGAGCUUUAAAACACUGCAUGUUGUUUGUCUUGUGUCUGUCUCAGAAAUGAUAGGACACUACGUUGUCUCUUAGGUCAAAGACUUUCCUAGAUUUUUACUUCGUGACCAAAAAUGAAUAUCCAAUAUCUUUAAUAGACUUUUUUCAUAUGCAAUGCACAAGGAGCUUUAAAACACUGCAUGCUGUUUAUCUUGUGUUCGUCUCGGACAUGAUAGGUCUCUUUACGUUGUCUCAAAGACCAAAGACUUUCCUAGAUUUUUACUUCAUGCCCGAAAAUGAAUAUCCAACGUCUUUAAUUGAAGUUUUCUCAUACACAUUGCACAAUAUUUCACUGUGACCUUUGAGCUUUAAAAGACUGCGUGCUGUUUGUCGGGUGAGAGCAUUGUUGGCCUCGUGGCUUUAGCGGUGCAUCAAUGAAAACACACUCUGACGAAGGAAAACUUCGUGAGGAAACCGGCUUGGCUUCAACUCAACACGACGGCAUGUGUCGGGCACAGGAGGCAGAUCCUCAACUUGUCUAACAACAAUAACCCUACAAAUCAUAAAAGAGAUACAGAAAUCGGAGUGGAAGUUCAAGAAUCCUUAAAACAUCCAUCUUACUGAAACACACCCUUUCUUUUUUUCAAUAACUACAAUAGGCCUUUUCCAACUGGCACCAUCUUUAUUUUGAGUAUUCUCCCUAUCUUCCCCACCAACUUUAAGCUCGUAAGUCCACCGUAAAAGGGGACCUGUCUUUGUGUCCUUAUUGUUUUCUUUCUUAUUUCUUUACUGUCUUCUUCCUUAAGUUUUAAAUGUAAUAUUAUAGUCGAUUAAUACUUAAACUGACAAAAGUUAUAAUUGCUAAUCUUACAGAAAUAACGUCAAAAUGGCGGCGUUUCCCCAUUCGCUGCUUUAUUUUAAUGCCAGCCAUUACCGUCUUAAUAAAUAAUACGCUAUCCGGUGUCGUGCUUCAUUUAAAACGAAAUACUCUUCACAGAAUCAUGGCCAUUUUCAUAAUUGAAAAUGGCUGCCUAAAUCCAUAAUCAUUGGCGUCAUUUUAUGUACAUAAAUUACAGACCCGAUAUAAAUAUUCAUAUCAAUUUGUUAAGAGAAUUAGAUAUCUUAAUUAAAUUCAGAUUUUAUGGAAGUCGUAAAAUACCUCCAUCCCCCCUUCCAGUAUUUUAAAUGAUUUUCUAAGUUAAAAAUUGCCAUAUUAAGACGCUUGUAGAACCAGCCAUCCAGCAUUAAAAUCUUGAGUAACUGUUGGCAACUAUACAGCCCCUGCACCCAAAACCCCUUAACCAGGUUAAGUGGAAUUCCCCCAACCUACGCUAGAUUCUCAGUAG